UGGUUAAUUUUCACUAGUUCUCAGAAGUCUGAUUUUCAGAGUAGCAAGCAAAUGCAACACAACUCUUUCAGGCUCUCGGGCGUCCCCUAUCGUCCAGGCCUCGACACAUCUCUUCCCCCCAAUGGAGGAGAGACGGAGGAGGAAGAGAAGAUGCUGUCAUCCGCUGUGACAGUAAAUGAGCAUGGCCGUGAGUUUAUUUUGCAAAUCUGAUAAUUGAGACAUUUUUUUUUAGUUAUCCGGGAUGAAGAUGGCGUCCAAGUGCACGGAGCAAGCCGUGCAGGAGUUCCUGCUAGAGAGAGGAGGGAGGGUCCGACAGAUGGAGCUGAUCGAUCAUUUCGUGUCACUGCCUGGCUGCGAUGACCAGUCAAACGGAGGGCUGGGUUGUGAGGUGCUGGGGCGCAUUGUCGACAGCGUGGGCUUCGUGAAGGUGGAGAACGGCGAUCAAUUCGUGUGUUUGAACGCCGAGCCGGUGAUGCGUUCCGAGGCAGACGGACGCGACGAGGCGGAGUGCAAUGGCAACAUCCAGGAGUCGCUGGACAACAAACACGUGAACGGAAAUCCCGAGAACACAGCAGGCCGAACAG